AUGGGGGAGACAUCAAGAAACGUGGAUAUGGAAGAGCUAAUAACAUACAGCAACAACCUAGUGCAAAUCUUGAAAAGUGAUAAAGACAUUAGUGCCGUCAAGCAAUUUCUGCAGAAGUCCCAAGCCCUUCAAUCCCAAACUGACAAAGAUUUCUGCCAAGUACAAAAAUCCAUUCAAGAGUACGAGAAGAAAAUUGACGCAUGCAAGCAGAAAGCUGCUGCUGCCAAAUUAAAAGCUGCUUCUGAUGAAGAAUUGGAUUUGCUGCAGAAAGAGUUGGAAGAGGAAGAAAAGGAAGAACAUAUACUAAAUGAUGAGUUUAGAUGA